UUGGGUCUCUCACCCACAUCCUUUCAGCCAGUCCAGGAUGAAAAAGCAAGUGCAGCUUCUUCGCAUGUCUCCAGGCUCCAUGUGCCUCCUGCAGGCCUCCUCCCUCUACAUCCUGCUUCCUUCCUGUGACAGUCUCCUGCUGCAGGGGCAGGAUGCACCACUGAGCAGGUUUCCUAUGAGCCCAGCAGACCCGGUAAAGGAGGAGUCCAGGAGCCCUCUGUGGAUUUCUCAGGCUUUUCUUAAGCUUUACAUGUAGUGUGGCAAACAGGUACUCGGCAAGCAGGGGUGUCAGGAGGCCAGGAGGAGUCCAAGACCCUGGCAGGAGUCACAACAUUUCCUUGGUCUCUGAAGGUCUGUUGAGAGUUUCUGGAACAAAGAGUUUGAAAACUUCAGAGGAAAAACUGCUUUGGGAUCUGUGAACAGGAGACACAAUCCAGGAUAGCGAGCAGCAGGGGGCAACAGCUAUGGCAUCAAACAUCUUAGUGAACAUCCAGGAGGAGGUGACCUGCCCCAUCUGCCUGGACCUCUUGAAAGAGCCCCUAAGCCUAGACUGUGGCCACAGCUUCUGCCGAGCCUGCAUCACUGCAAACAACAAGGAGUCCGCGGCAACCCAGGAAGAGAAGAGCAGCUGCCCUGUGUGCAGAAUCAGUUACAAGCCUGGGCACCUGCGGCCUAAUCGGCAUCUGGCCAACAUAGUGGAGCAGCUCAGAGGAGUCAAGAUAAGCCCAGAGGGGGAGCAGAAGAAAGAGCUCUGUGUGCGCCAUGGAGAGAAACUCCUGCUCUUCUGUAAGCAGGAUGGGCAAGUCAUUUGCUGGCUUUGUGAGCGGUCUCAGGAGCACCGUGGUCACCAGACAUGCCUCACUGAGGAGAUUGUCCAGGAGAAGAAGGAGAAGCUCCAGGAAGCCCUGCAGCAGAUGAGGGAAAAGCUGCAGGAAUCUGGACAUCUGGAAGCUGAAGUCAAAAAAAGUACAACUUCCUGGAAGAGUCAAAUACAAAGUGAGAGACAAGGUGUCCAGGCAGAGUUUGCAGAACUGAGAGGUCUCCUGGACUUGGCGGAGCAGAAGGAGCUACAAAACCUGAAUAAGGAGGAAGAAGUCAUUCUCCAUAAACUGGCAGAGGAUGAGAGUGAGCUCGUUCAGCAGAGCCAGUUGAUAGACGUUCUCAUCUCAGAUCUGGAGCAUCAAUUGGAAGCGUCAGACAUAGACAUGCUGCAGGAUGUGACUGACAUCAUACAAAGGUGUUGGAAUUUCACUCUGAAGAAGCCAAAAACUUUUCCCGAACAACCAAGUCGUGUGUUCCAAGCUCCGGAUCUGAGAGCGAUGCUGCGAGGGCUUACUCACCUGGCGUGUGUGCGAUGCUUCUGGGUUGAUGUCACCUUGAAUCAGACCAGCAAUGGACAUAGUGUUGCGAUUUCUGCAAAUAAGAGAGAAGUGAAAUCUUUGUGGGACAAUAUUCAAGUUACAACAUACCCGAAUUACUAUUAUGGAAAUUUUUCUCCUGUUCCAGUAUAUCCGAAUUGCUAUUAUGUAGAUUUUUCUGGUGUUACAAAAUAUCCAAAUUACUAUUAUGGAGAUUACUCUGUCCUGGGAUCACCAUUUUUCAAGAAUGGGAAACAUUACUGGGAGGUAGAUGUAUCCAAAAAAAGUUCCUGGAUCCUGGGAGUGUGUGGGGAAAACCAUUGUCAAAGAAAUGUAAAUAACCCCCCUAAUAACCAAAAUAUUUAUGCUGGAUUACAGCCUAGAUUUUGCAUUUGGGCUAUAGGGUUACAGAAUCAAUCAGAGUAUCAUGCUUUUGAUGAGGAGAUUCACUCCCAGGCACCCAAGAUGUUGUCUCUUUCCAUGAAGGUCCCUCCCAGUCGUGUUGGGGUUUUCCUUGACUAUGAGGCAGGCACUGUUUCAUUUUACAAUGUCACACACCAUGGGUCACCCGUCUAUGAAUACUCCAAGUGUGGCUUUCCUGAGAAAGUUUGUCCAUAUUUGAAUCCUCUGAAAUGUAAAUUGCCCAUGACUAUUUGCAAACCAGGCCCUUGAGCCUUUUGAGCCCUCAUGCACUUCCCUGGAGUGCCUUUUGCCUUGGGGUCAUCUAAGGCACUGAGCUUAUUUCCAACAUUCUGCCACCUUCCUUGCUGCCUCCAUUCUUUUUGCAUUUUGACAUCCUUUAUUUAUCAACAGGGUGUAUCACUUGCCCUGUGUUAGAUUUUUCCUAAAUAUCAUGCAUGUUAGACACUAAUGAUAAAGGACUGAUCACAAAAAUGUGCAAAGAGCUGAUGAGACUCAACACAAAUAAAGAAAAUAAUCCAGUCAAAAAAUCGGCAGAAGAGCUAAAAAGAAACUUCUCUGAAGAGGAAAUGCAAAUGGCCAACAGGCAUAUGAAAAAAUGUUCAACAUCACUUGUAAUCAAGGAAAUGCAAAUCAAAACUACCAUGAGAUACCAUCUCACACCAGUGAGAAUGGCACAUAUUAAAAAAACUAGCAACAACAAAUGUUGGCAAGGGUGUGGAGAAAAAGGAACACUUCUGCACUGUUGGUGGGAGUGCAAACUGGUCCAACCACUAUGGAGAGCUCUGUGGAGAUUUCUGGACCAACUAAACAUAGAGCUUUCAUAUGAUCCAGCAAUUCCACUCCUAGGUAUUUACCCAAAGGACACAGAAACAUCAAUUCCAAAGAGCACCUGCACCCCUAUGUUUAUAGCAGCACUGUUUACAAUAGCUAAGCUUUGGAAACAGCCCAAAUGCCCAAAAAUAGAUGACUGGAUC